AUGUACAAUGUAAUUAAAGGGAUGAACAAUAAAAAUCAUAGCAGGGUCACUGAGUUCAUUCUCCUAGGAAUCACAAAUCGAUCUGAGUUAAGGCUGCCUUUAUUCAUCCUGUUUCUACUUGUCUAUGAAGUUACCCUGGUAGGAAAUCUGGGGUUGAUCAUUUUAAUCAAGAGAGACUCACGACUUCACACUCCCAUGUAUUUCUUUCUCAGUAGUUUGGCUUUUGUGGACAUUAACUAUUCCUCAGCUCUAACCCCCAAAAUAUUAGUGGAUCUCUUAGCUGAAAGAAAAAGCAUUGGGUAUUUUGGCUGUGCAAUCCAACUAUUUAUAUGUAUUAUAUGUGGGAGUACUGAAUGCCUCCUAUUGGCUGUGAUGGCCUAUGACCGGUAUGUGGCUGUCUGUAACCCUCUGCAUUACUCUACAAUAAUGUCAGGGAAAUUAUGUGUUUGCCUAGUUGAUGGUUCAUAUGUCCUUGGAAUUUUGUAUUCAUUUUUACAUACUAUGUUCAUCUUUACUUUAUCCUUUUGUGGACCUAAUGUGAUCAAUCAUUAUUUCUGUGAUAUUCCCCCACUCCUACAACUUUCUUCUUCUGACACCCAUACUAAUGAGAUAGUAAUAUUUGUACAAGUUAGUAUUAAUUGUGUAGGUACUACAAUGGUCAUCUUAAUCUCCUAUGUUUGUAUCUUGGCCACAGUCUUGAAGAUACGUUCUGCUGAGAGUAGACGUAAGGCUUUUUCCACCUGUGCUUCCCACCUGACUGUUGUUAGUUUAUUUUAUGGGACAGCUUUCUUUAUGUAUUUGCGACCUAGCUCCAAGUACGCACUGGAACAAGACAAAGUGGCCUCCUUGUUCUACACGGUGGUCAUUCCCAUGCUGAACCCCUUGAUCUACAGCCUGAGGAACAAAGAUGUGCAAGAGGCUUUUAGAAGACAUUUUCAUUUGAAAAUAUGGUUAUGA